AUGGAAAUCUGUGAAUGCAAUGGAGCAUUGAAUGCCAUAGCCAGUUUUUUUGUGGUGUGGGGCUACACGCGUGGUGAAAAUAGCCGAAAGGUCAAAGAAAGUGGUUUAGUGGAGAGGCUUAUAUGGCGUCGUGCACUUACGAAAGCUCUCUUAUAUAAGACUUUGAGUCUUGAACACUUGAAAGAUCAUACCGAGUGCCAAGGAGAGAUGGCCACUAACAAGCAUCAUUGUAGCUCAAGCUUCACCUUUCUCUUAUUAUCGUUACUCUUUUUACAGUUUUAUUCUGGUUUAAGUGAGCUCCAGCUAAAUUACUACACAACUAGUUGCCCAAGAGCCGAAGAGAUCGUCAAAGAAGAAGUCACCAAGUUAUACCAGAAACAUGGAAACACAGCUGUUUCAUGGAUGAGAAACCUUUUCCAUGAUUGCGUGGUUAAGUCAUGCGAUGCAUCACUAUUGUUGGAUACCGCACAUGGCAUAGUGUCAGAGAAGACAUCACAGAGAAGCUUUGGUAUGAGAAAUUUUAAGUACAUAAGCACAAUCAAAGAAGCCCUUGAAAGGGAAUGCCCCGCCACUGUUUCUUGUGCUGAUAUCGUUGCUCUUUCUGCAAGAGACGGUGUUGCCUUGUUAGGAGGGCCACAAAUUGAAAUGAAGACUGGUCGAAAGGAUAGCUUGGAAAGCUAUGCAACACAAGUUGAAAACUACAUCCCUAACCACAAUGACUCCAUAUCAUUAGUUCUUUCGCGGUUUCAAUCCCUUGGCAUAGGUGCUGAAGGAACGGUUGCUCUUUUAGGAGCCCAUUCGGUCGGUCGGGUUCACUGUUUGAACCUUGUAGAGAGACUGUACCCCACUGUUGAUCCUACCUUGGAUCCUGAGCAUGCUGAGUACCUCAAACAUCGAUGCCCAACACCGGAAUCUGAUCCGAAGAAAGUGGAAUAUGCAAGGAACGAUCUCGAGACGCCAAUGGUGCUCGAUAACAUGUACUACAAGCUUCUUUUGAGACACCAAGGACUACUAUUAGUUGAUGCACAGCUAGUUUCUGAUCCUUCUACCUCUCCUUUUGUUGAGAAGAUGGCUGCUGAUAAUGGGUACUUUCAUGACCAAUUCUCUGUGGCUCUGCUAACGUUAUCGGAGAAUAAUCCGCUGACCGGAGACCAAGGAGAGAUAAGAAAGGAUUGCCGCUACGUGAACAGAGAUUAGGGAUGUUUUAAGUACUCAUGAGCCAUGGACUUUGAGUAAUACACUGAAAACCUUUUUCAUUGUUGCUAUUAAAUUAAGCAAAACUAUUUAGAUUAGAUUUAUGGAGAAGUGAAGGACAUUUUCAGAAAGUUCCGAACUUGAGAAAAGACACCGCUUAUACAGGG